AUGUCGGAGAAUUUGGAAUUACCUUUAAAGAUUCAUCAAGAGACAUUCACCGAUGAACCCAAAGAGAUCAAUGACGUGAAUAUUCACGAUCUAGCAAUAAAUAUCGGGGAUAAUGUAAAAGACAUAAAUAGUUUACAUCUUGUUGAAGCCAUAGCUAUUUUAUUACAUAGUUUAGAAGAUAUCAUCAAACUUAAUGAUCAUGGAGAUUUAUUACAACAGUUUAGACGUCAACAAUUGAAGAAACGAAAUAUUGAUCUAGAUCAUCAUAGACAACAAAGUAUUACUAUAGAUUCAAGUAGUAGUGAAGAUAGUACUACCGAUAUACGAAAACCUACCCCACCAAACUCACCACCAGCCAAAGUGUUGAAAGUAGAUAAUGACUUUGCUUUGAAAGAACGUACCCCAGAUUCCCUCAUCGAAGAGCAUGAUUUAAUCACUAUAGAGCAACUUUUACAAUCAACAAAUAUUGAUGAUAUAAAUACUAUUGAUUUUGAUGAUAUAACUGAAGAAUAUCAGUAUUAUCAAAAUAUGAAAAUUGUCGAACAAAACCAACACGUCAUAAAAAAUUUUAAUCUUAUUCAACCACCUGAUUUGAGUAUUGAACAAUUUUUGAAUAGAAUUAAGACUUAUUCCCCUUCAACUUCAGUAUCGUGCUAUAUCCAUGCAACAUUGUUGAUUUUUAAAUUGAGUGUUCUUCAUGAUGUUUUACCGUUAACUUUAUGUAAUGUCCAUAGAAUCAUAUUGGCCCUGAUAAGAUGUCUGACAAAGAAACUAGAAGAUAUCUACCAAAAACAAAAGACUUUCGCUACAGUAGGAGGUGUAACUUUAAAAGAUUUAUAUAGGAUUGAAGUAGGAUUCUUAUUUCUUUGUAAUUUCAGACUAGUGGUAGGAGAAGAUAGUUUGAAUAAUUACUUGAAAGAAUUUACUGAUUUGAGAGAUUUCGUUAAAAGAAAUAUUGACGAUGUGAAAUGA